AUGGCAAGACGUAGACUACCAGACAGACCACCGAAUGGAAUAGGAGCCGGCGAGCGGCCAAGACUGGUACCGCGACCUAUCAAUGUACAGGACUCUGUAACUCGGCUGACGAAGCCAUUCAAGGUUCCCUACAAAAAUACCCACAUCCAGCCCGCUGCUGGUAAAAUCGCCACCGGGACUGACAUUAUCGUGGGAGGAAGAUGCCUGAGGAAAAGGUCAUCUACUGUGUCGUACUCCGGACUGGACGUGGACGCAGAUGCGGAGCAGAUGGAGUAUGGUCAGGACAUCAGUUUGGCCCAACUGACUAAACGACGGAAGGAUGCUCUCAGUGCUCAAAGACUGAUUAAGGACCCGACAAGGCUAAGUCACAUCGAAUACACUUUGAGAAGGUCCUUCACUGUCCCCAUUAAGGGCUAUAUCCAAAGGCACAGUUUGCCCCUAACCUUAGGGAUGAAAAAGAAAAUCACGCCAGAACCAAGACCAUUACACGAUCCGACGGACGAAUUCGCCAUAGUGCUGUACGAUCCGUCCGUUGAUGGUGAAAUGAUUGUUCACGACGCUACCAUAGACACCAAGGAGGAAGAGCUGAAAAAUGUGGCCAAGAGCACCCAGGAAAAGGAGAACGCAAACAAAGAAGAGAGCCCAGAACAAAAAAACACACAAAAAAUAGGGCAUCACCCUUCAUUAAUGACAAAUGGGGUGAGAAAUAAAUCCUUACGUGAACUGCUGGGUGAUUCUGGGGACUCUGCCGAAAACAACAAGAAGUUUGCUAAUGUCCCUGUUGUCAUCGAUCCAAAGCUGGCCAAGAUUUUGAGACCGCAUCAAGUGGAAGGUGUCAGGUUUUUGUAUCGUUGUGUCACUGGGCUAGUCAUGAAGGACUUUUUGGAGGCGGAAGCCUUUAACACUUCUAGUGAAGACCCGUUAAAAAGUGACGAGAAGGCGCUUGUGCAGUCUCAAAAGACUGAAGGGAACAAUAGAGGUGCGUACGGCUGUAUCAUGGCAGAUGAAAUGGGGCUGGGUAAGACCCUGCAAUGUAUAGCACUGAUGUGGACAUUACUAAGACAGGGCCCACAGGGGAAACGACUCAUUGAUAAGUGUAUUAUCGUUUGUCCAUCCUCCUUAGUCAACAAUUGGGCCAAUGAACUGAUCAAGUGGCUGGGCCCCAACACCUUGUCUCCUCUCGCCAUUGACGGAAAAAAGUCCUCGAUGGGCGGAGGUAACACCACAGUGUCCCAAGCCAUUCAUACCUGGGCCCAGGCCCAGGGCAGAAACAUUGUCAAACCCGUUCUGAUCAUAUCGUAUGAGACUCUGCGCCGUAAUGUUGACCAAUUAAAGAACUCCGACGUGGGGUUGAUGCUGGCAGACGAAGGUCAUCGUUUGAAAAAUGGCGAUUCCUUGACUUUCACAGCGUUGGAUAGCAUCAAUUGUCCCAGAAGAGUCAUUUUGUCCGGUACGCCCAUCCAAAACGAUCUUUCCGAGUAUUUUGCCCUGUUGAGCUUCUCCAAUCCUGGCUUAUUGGGCUCCAGAGCAGAGUUUAGAAAGAAUUUCGAGCUUCCUAUCUUGAGAGGGCGCGAUGCUGACGCUACCGAUAAGGAAAUUACAAAGGGUGAGGCACAAUUACAGAAACUGUCUACGAUCGUUUCCAAAUUCAUCAUCCGUCGUACUAAUGACAUUUUGUCCAAGUAUCUACCUUGUAAGUAUGAAAACGUGAUUUUUGUUAACUUGAAGCCAUUGCAAAACAGUUUAUACAAUAAAUUAAUCAAGUCUAGAGAUGUGAAAAAAAUGGUUAAGGGCGUGGGUGGCAGCCAGCCAUUAAGAGCAAUUGGUAUCUUAAAGAAACUAUGUAAUCAUCCUAACCUUUUGAAUUUUGAAGACGAAUUCGAGGAAGAUGAAGACUUGGAGUUACCUGAUGAUUACAGCAUGCCCAAUUCGAAAGCGAGGGAUAUCCAAACCAAGUAUUCUGCCAAAUUCUCUAUUUUGGAAAGGUUUCUUCACAAGAUUAAAACCGAAUCCGAUGAUAAGAUUGUCCUGAUUUCUAACUAUACUCAAACGUUGGAUCUGAUUGAAAGAAUGUGUAGAUACAAGCAUUAUAGUGCCGCACGGUUAGAUGGUACACUGUCGAUCAACAAGAGACAGAAGUUGGUGGAUAGAUUCAAUGAUCCUGAGAGUCAGGAAUUCAUUUUCCUUUUGAGUUCCAAAGCAGGUGGUUGUGGUAUUAACUUAAUCGGUGCAAACAGAUUAAUUUUAAUGGAUCCGGAUUGGAACCCAGCUGCUGAUCAACAAGCCUUGGCACGUGUAUGGAGAGACGGUCAGAAAAAGGACUGUUUUAUUUACAGAUUCAUAUCGACUGGUACGAUAGAAGAAAAAAUUUAUCAAAGACAAUCAAUGAAAAUGAGCUUGAGUUCAUGUGUGGUCGAUGCAAAAGAAGAUGUUGAAAGAUUGUAUAGUUCUGAUAACUUAAAACAACUAUUCCAGAAAAAUGACAACACAAUAUGUGAAACACACGAAACUUACCACUGUAACCGUUGUAAUGCGCAGGGAAAACAAUUAAAAAGAGCACCUGCUAUGCUUUAUGGUGAUGCGACUACUUGGAAUCAUUUGAACCAUGACGCUUUGGAAAAGACAAACGACCACCUGCUAAAAAAUGAGCAUCAUUACGACGAUAUAACUUUCGCAUUUCAAUAUAUUUCACAUUAG